AUGGUGUCCGGAGGAAUGGCUUGUGUCAAAUACCUUUUAUUCCUUUUCAAUCUUAUAUUUGCAAUAACCGGAAUCGUGUUUAUUGCCGUUGGAGCGGUCAUUCUGGCUAUGUAUAAUGACUACAGUAAUUUUAUGGAUAAUUGGUUCUUCGCUGCACCUGUUUUGAUGAUUGCCAUUGGGAUUACAGUCUUCCUAGUAUCCUUUUUCGGAUGCUGUGGAGCAGUAAAAGAACAUCAUUGCAUGAUAAUUACCUUCUCAGUGAUGUUGCUUCUGCUGUUCGCUCUGGAGCUCGGCGCAGGUAUCUGCGGCUACAUGAUGCGCAAUGAAGUUGGAAAAAUGUUGCACGCUCGUCUAAACAACACCAUGCCCCUGUACAAGUCGGAUUCAAAGAUCCAGAAGUCUUGGGAUGUUAUGCAGCACGAUUUCAAAUGCUGUGGUAUUGGAGGAUCUGGAGACUGGGCUAAUUUAUACCCCAACACUGAAUUACCAAACUCGUGCUGUCAUGAAGUUGCAUACAACCAAAAGUGUGAUUCAAACUCAAUAACUGUUAGUACUGAGGGAUGUAUGAAUAAAUUAAAAAGCGCUAUUGAAGACAAAGCAGUUAUUCUUGGAGGCGUUGGUAUUGGUAUAGCUCUUGUUCAGUUAAUUGGAGUUAUAUUCGCUUGCUGUCUAGCUCGAUCGAUUCGUCGUGAAUAUGAGACUGUGUAA